AUUGCGUUUUGAGAGUAUUUAUUUUCCUUAAUAUUAUUAAAUUUGUACAAUGCUUUCGAAAUAAUCGAGCCAAGCUCUUUAUUCGCGGAAGCUCCGCCAAGAGAUUGCGAACAAAUCUUCGUCAGAAAAAUCGCCGAUGAUUGCCAACGAAAAAAAAGGGAGGAGCGGUGUAAUGACUGGUUGGAAUGGUGCUUCUGAUUUAGCUUGUCGAAUUCUUGUUUUAUGCUUACCUGGCAUUUAGUGCAUAUCGACGUAAGCUCUGUUGGGUUAUCAAGGUUUUCUAUAGGAGGGAUGAGCAAGAAGGAGAAAGCUUCCCCAGCUAGUGUAAGGAAAUUGAAGGAGUUAUUGCAUAUAAGGGAUAAUCGCUUUUGUGCAGAUUGUGGGGCUCCAGAUCCCAAAUGGGCGUCAGCGAAUAUUGGGGUGUUUAUAUGCUUAAAAUGUUGUGCGGUGCAUAGAAGUCUUGGCACACAUAUUUCGAAGGUUCUGUCAGUGUCAUUAGAUGAAUGGACUGAGGAUGAAAUUGAAUCUAUGCUAGAGGUUGGUGGAAACUCUUAUGCCAAUGCAAUUUAUGAGGCCUUUCUUCCACAAGGAUAUUCCAAGCCUAACCCAGACUCAAGUCAUGAGGAGCGUGCAAAGUUCAUCAGGUCUAAGUACGAGCUGCAAGAAUUUUUGAAACCAAGUCUACGCAUUGUUUCUUCAAAUAGCUCUUCCAGCUCUUUCAGAUCUUGUAAUCCUGGAAAGGAUUCAGAAAGUGGGUUUGAUUUAGAUCUGAGUCAAGCUGGCAUGGUAGAGUUCAUUGGAAUACUGAAGGCCAAAGUUAUAAAAGGCACUAACUUAGCUAUUAGAGAUAUGCUAAGUAGUGAUCCUUACGUUGUCUUGACUCUUGGCAAGCAGGUGGCCCAGACAACUAUAAUUAAGAGCAAUUUGAAUCCAGUUUGGAAUGAGGAGCUCAAGCUAGCGGUUCCUAAAAAAUAUGGGCCCUUGAAAUUGCAUGUGUUUGAUCAUGACAUGCUUUCCAAGGAUGACUUAAUGGGUGAAGCUGAGGUUGAUCUUCAACCAAUGAUCACAGCUGCUAUGGCAUUUGGAGAUCCAGAUCUGCUUGCUGAUAUGCAGAUAGGGAAGUGGUUGCAAUCGAAUGACAAUGCCCUCACUAAAGAUAGCACUAUCAACAUUGUUGAUGGAAAGGUUAAACAAGAGGUGUCGCUGAAGUUGCAAAAUGUGGAGUCUGGAGAGAUAGAACUUGAACUGGAAUGGAUUCCAUUGAGUCAGUAGACAAGUCGUCUCUAUCAUGAUCGAUCAAAGCUCUGAUUCUAUUUUCUGGUGCUUCAUCACCUUCUCUAAGCAACUCUAUGAAGUGAUAUAUUUGGCUUCAUCACCUUUUCUGGCGCUUCAUCACCUUUUGAGAACUUUUUUUGAUUGUUGUUGUAGAUUUUCUGUGGAUCACUGUCAUGCAUAUUGUCGGAUGCACAGCAGCUUUCUUGAAUAAGUGUUUGAUUUACUUUUAGUUGAAGGCUAUCAUAACCUUUGAAAUCACCAUCAGAGUAGGAUUGGGAAGGUGCUGUACAUGCACAAUAACCUUAUGCCCCCUCAUGCAUUACCAAUAGAAAGGAAGAGGUUAUGAUCAAAAUGUUUAUUUCAUUGGUUCUUCAUGAGAUUUAAAGAAGAAUCAGAUGAUAAAAAUUGAGACUAGUAAGCAGUUCUUAGGCCCGUAUGAUACAUAGAUUUGAAAUAUGAGUUUUGAUUGUAACAUUCA